AUGGCCAACAUGGCCCGCAAUGAAAGCAUCAUCGUUAAACUGAGUACUGGUCUUGGGAAAUCAUUCAUCGCCGCAAUGGUCAUAAAAGAUCACCUUCCGGAAACCUAUCGCCCCGUCACAGAAGGUGGCAAACGUAUUAUCUUUGUUGCAAAGACCGUCCACCUUGUUUAUCAGAUGGCUGAAUUUUUGCGGUCCCAACUCCCCGUACCCCCCAACGAAAUCGGCAUUUUCCACGGCCAGGUCGCGCCCAGUGUCUGGAUUGACAGUUGGACAAAGGCGAGUUUCUGGCCUCUCCUUCCCCCUUUCCUUCGCAUUUUCGAUGAGAAUGAGAGCUUUGAUGGAUUUCAGGGCAUUUGGCAAGCACAGCUGGAAAAGCAUAAGGUAUUGGUGGCCACCGCCGGUGUCCUCCGUGACGUUUUAAAUCAUCGCAAGCUCAGUCUGCGUGAUGUUUGUCUCAUCAUCUUUGACGAGUGCCAUCACGCUGACCCAAACUCCAAAUCGGACUACACCGACAUAUGCCAACACCUUCAUGCCUUCCCACCUGGCAGAUGGCUUCCAGAUUAUUCUCGUGGACCUAAGGUGUUGGGUUUGUCAGCCUCUCUGGUGAACAACCUAAAGCGUGGUGAAAGCAUGGAAACGAAGGUGAGGCUUUUGGAGCAGCUCAUGCGGGCUCGAGUCGUCACUUCCACCGACAGUUCGAUUAACGCCGUAAUGGGUCAACGCCACUUGGAGAUUAAACACGGAUGCGGUGACACCAGACUUGCGCUCAAUGAUCCUUACUACAACUUUUCGCAGGUCCUCCUUCGUGGUAUAGAGAAAGUCAAGCAGCUGCCUUCUGGCGUGGUGGGGGAGGAUUGCAUAGACCUGGAGUCCCUGCUCGAUGAGAACAGGAAGAUUAAAAAGGAGGCAUUCCUCUCCGUCAUGGAAUUGCACGAGUUCAAUUCGGCGAAGAUAAAGCGCAUCCUUCUCCAGUGCGUUCGUGUGAUGGAGGAAUUUGGGGUCUACUGCGCUGCUCACGCUUGUGAGCAGUUUGAGAAGGUGCUCAAAGGCCUUCUGCUUCUGAGCUCCCCCAAAGUCAUCACUAAUCCCCAGUGUGUCAACAUCAUUCAGAUGUGUUUGGCCUCGAUGGCAGAGGCACUUGAAACAUAUCGACAGAUUCGUCAGACGCUCAUUGCAAAACUCACUCAGCCUCUGGCCUCCAAUCCCACAGAUCCUGCCUGGGGUGAGUGGAUCGUGGCGCACUUUCCCAUGAGCUCCAAGAUGGUUUCACUGCUCCGGUUGUUACUGCAUUACCACAAAGUAGUCGGGAAAAAUAAUGAGACACUCUCUGCGCUGCUGUUGGUGAAGGAGAGAAUCGCCGCGGCCUCAGUGGCGCAUCUAAUCACGGAGGUGUCGGCAAUGGCGCCUCUGUAUACCGGUUUGAAGGCAUCGCACUGUGUCAGUGCUAAUCCAACCAACCCUGUAGCGUCACUUUCGACUAAUGAGCAGUUGAAUGUGUUGGAUGGGUUCCGAACGAACGCCUUCAACAUUUUAGUCGCGACCAACGUGGUGGAGGAAGGGCUUGAUGUUCGUUCGUGCAAUGUUGUCAUUAAGGCUGAUGAACUGACGAACUUUCGUUCAUUCAUUCAAUCCCAAGGAAGAGCACGUGCAAAAACGUCCUACUUUGUUCUUUUGACGGAUGACGUUAGCAAAUGUCGGACAAAUGUGGAGAGUUUCUUUCGAAUGUCGAAGGUGAUUGAUGAUUUCCUGGAGUGUCGAUGCAUCGACAGUAUGCCAGACGAGGAGGAGGAAGCUGAGGAGGAAGUAGGUUCGGCGAUUACCGACAUCGCCCGGCAAUCAAACCUUGCCUACAUGCCCUAUGGGACUGACGGACCACGAAUCACCAUCACCGGUGCCUCUUCCGUGCUCAUGAGAUACACCUCCCUGCUGAAAACGGACACCUCCUAUCCCCUGAAGAUCUUGUAUUCAGUGCAUAAGGAGUUUGGAGGUUAUCGCGUUCAAAUGCUUAUGCCACCGCCGUCCCCGUUGCAGGACAUUAUUAAGGGUCCACUUGCAUCGACCAGAAAAUUGGCCAUGCAGUUGGCAAGGCUUGAGGCCUGCAAACUGCUCCACAAUGCAGGUGAGUUCAAACCUCCCUCACACUGCGCCUCCUCACCCACUCUACGUUACACAUUGCGUGCUGGGCAAAGGCUCUGUUGA